UUCCACACAGCCCUAAAUGAGCUAAGCGUGCGAGUGCAUCUUCUGAAUCGCUUAGAAACCCUAGCUGCGAGUCGUGGAAGCGCAAUAGAAGAAGAAUGGCCUUAAGAUGGCCUUCUCUGGUUAUGCAAACUCGAAAGCCUCCGCUACUUUCUUCCUCUAAGGGAAAUUUAACUUGUUCCCGUUUUCUGGCAGCUCCAACCUCUAAAUCCUUCUCGAACACAGUCUAUCUUCGGAGAAAUCCAAGCUCUCAUUCAUGCAUCUCACCCAAUGUUAAAAGUGGGGAGGCAGAGGGAAAACCACGUGCCGAUGAAAUAAUGUUCGACGAGCAGACUUUGCAGCAACAACUCGACAAAGCAAUUGAAGACGAAGACUACGCUCAUGCGGCGAAACUCAGAGACAAUCUCCAGGUCCUCCAUGAGGACAGCAGGGCUUCAGUUCUUUCAGCCAAUGAGAGAUUCUACCAUGCUUUCAGGAAUGGAAAUCUAGCAGCCAUGCAAUCAAUCUGGGCCAAAGGGGAUCAUGUUUAUGUGGUUCAUCCCGGGGCUGGCAGGAUAUCUGGCUAUGAGUUAGUAACGGAUAGCUGGGAGAUUGUUUGCGGGGCUGAUCAUGAGUUCCCCAUUCGGAUUGAUUUGAAGGAUGUUGAGGUUCAUGUUAGGGGAAAUGUUGGGUUUGUGACCUGCAUGGAGGUGGUGAAGACUAAAGGUGGAAGCUGGGGCAAGCAAGUUGCAACAAAUGUUUUUGAGGAGAUAGAUGGACAAUGGUUUAUAUGCGUUCAUCAUGCUUCGCAUUCGGAGGAAUGAAAAUUGUAGAAAAAGCUUAUGUGGCUUCUGAAUUUCUGAUGUUAAUUAUUCAGAAUUGUUGUAUUUUGCUGCUUAGU